AUGGCCGGCCUUUUGAAUGGAGUUUUGCCCGACGUGUCGCUGGGUUUGGGCUUGGGUGACGAUGGUGCUGGCACCACGGCCACCGCACAGGGAACAGCGUCGCCACCACCGCCUCCCCCUCCCCCUCCAUCUUCAGCCGCGGAUGAGUCAACAACAACUACAUCUGCGGCAAAGAAGACUACGGCGGUGAAUAAUGGGGACUUGCCUCAAGUGACGGGUGGAGCGGGAUCGGUGUUGAGCCCGGAGGAUCCUGAUGAUGGCGAUGACAAUGACGCGACAACGACUACUAAGGAUGGUGGGAAGAACGGGAACGGAGGCGCAAAGGAUAGUGGUGACAAGACAACAGCGUCCUCUGACUCUACCACUUCAAAAACAACGGCCGCGGCCGAGACCACCGCGGACAAGUCUACAAAGAUCACGUCCUCUGCAGACGCCAAGACAACAAGCACCAAGGCUGCCCCGGCUCCGGCGACGAUCCCGACGUCCGCAGCCUCAACUACUUCCUCAGCUACUAGUAUAGAGGUUACCACGACAUCCUCUUCUGGCCUGCCCACGACGUUGGUCACUAGUAUUGCGUCAGGCAAGCAGAGUACUGACGUCAGCUCCGCUAUCGACCUGAGCAGUAUCCUGCCCAGCAGCCUACUCUCCACGACCACGUCAGCGAUCGCCGAGGCACAGCUGACCUCGGCCCUCUCCUCAACGGCCACGGAUGCCCUGGCUACAGGAGCUGCGGGAAGUAACACGCUGACGCAGGCGUCGACUUCGGAUGGCGGCUCGGGCGGCAUGUCCAAGGGGGCCACGAUCGGAGUUGGUGUCGCGGGCGGCGUGGGUGCCAUUGCGCUCAUCGUGACGGGCAUCCUGGCAUGCCGACGUUACUGGCGCGGUCGGCGCGAGGCCAACGACGAUGCCCUGCGCAAGCUUGACGACCUGUACGAAAAGGGCCGUCCCGUCGACUGGGUCGAAAAGGACAAUAGUCGCUGGAACAAGGGCCUGGAGCAGUUCCACGAUGCUACUCGGCCCGCCGAGCUCGCCUCCCUCUCUUCAGGAGCCUCCAUGCAUUCUCGAAACGGCAGCCGAGCCGACAGUGUCAAGGAGAUGCCUGCUCAUGCCAUGUAA